AUGGCUCACUACAAAGAUGAUAUCAAGUAUGAAGAGGGCUUCACCCUGAAUUCACGAGGCAGCAGGCUCUUCACCUGCAAAUGGACGCCCAAGAAACAACAGCGCAAGGCUCUGAUCUUCAUCUGCCAUGGUUAUGGAGGAGAGUGCAGCAUAUCGAUGGCAGACACCGCCGCGCGACUGGUGCACGCCGGCUACGCCGUCCACGGGAUAGACCAAGAGGGCCACGGCAAGUCCUCCGGCUCCAAGGGCUACAUAUCGAGCUUCGGCGACAUCGUCAAGGACUGCUCCGACUACUUCAAGAGCGUCUGCGAGAAGCCGGAGAACAAGACGAAGAAGAGGUUCCUCUACGGCUUCUCCAUGGGAGGCACCGUGGCGCUUCAGGUCCACAGGAAGGACUCCAUGUACUGGGACGGCGCCGUCUUGCUCGCUCCCAUGGUCAAGCUUGGUGAUGGCAUGCGGCCUCAUCCGGUGGUGGUGAGCGCUCUCAAGAUGAUCUGCGCCGUCGUGCCUAGCUGGAGGGUCAUCCCUGCUCCAGAUCAGCUCGACAAAGUCUGCAAAGAUCCCCAGUUCAAGAAAGAGAUUCGUUCCAACCCAUACAUGUACAAGGGAAACCUCGCGCUGCAGACAGGCCACGAACUCCUCGCGGUCAGCUUAGACAUUGAGAAGAACAUGCACGAGGUCACUUUGCCGUUCUUGGUGCUGCAAGGGGAGGACGACGUGGUGGCCGAUCCUGAGGGGAGCAGGCUGCUACACGAGCGGGCAUCGAGCAGGGACAAGACCUUGAAGCUGUACCCCGGGAUGUGGCACGUUCUCAUGGCUGAGCCGCCGGCCGACGUGGAGCGGAUCUUCACAGAUGUGAUUUCGUGGCUCGAGGAGAGGGCGGCGAGCACCGUCAAGUGA